GUGAAAUAGAAAUAGAUUUGGAAACCAUAGAGUAACGUGUCCCGGUCUGUUUUCUUCUGGGAGUGUAAGACUAUACCGACGGCGAGUCUUUUUCUGUGCAAUCGCCCGGCGUGGAACUCAAUUCGAUGUCAUUGAGCUACAUUCCCCGCCAAUGGCGGUUUUCAGACGGGAGCCAGACGUCUUCCACUCACGCAAAGCGGCCAAGAAAUCGAAACCGACGGAACAACUGGGAACUGCGCAUGCGCCCUGGCCGUCCCGCUAGCUUCAGGCGCGCUUCGGCUGCGGUGUUGCGAGAGGAGGGCGGGUGGGGGGCAGCGUCCGCGCUUGGCGUUUUUCCUCACAACGGUCAUUUCGACAGAAUCUUUGAGAGACGACGUUCUGCUUCCAAUUAUGGCGAAAAGAAAAGAAGGCCAUUUUUCAGUGCCAACAUCCAACAAAAGAGCUAGGCAAGAUAGCUCUAAUGAAGACCUUAGUGACGAAUUCUCACAGCUGCAGAGUGACUGUAGUUCUGACUCGCAAUUGGUCUCAGGGAAAGUUGGAAUAAUUGAAAGUAUCCAACUGAAGAACUUUAUGUGCCAUUCUAUGUUGGGGCCAUUCAAGUUUGGAUCCAAUGUCAAUUUUAUAGUUGGAAACAAUGGAAGUGGGAAAAGUGCUGUGCUAACUGCCCUGAUCGUAGGCCUUGGAGGAAAAGCCACAGUGACAAACCGAGGAUCAUCUUUGAAAGUAUUUGUGAAAGAUGGACAGAGUUCCGCAGAUGUUUCAAUAACUCUACGAAAUCAAGGUGAAGAUGCAUUUAGACCAGAGCAAUAUGGUGACUCUAUCAUUAUAAAUCAGCACAUAACUUUGGAAGGACAUCGUAGUUACAAGCUGAAAAGCAGUUCAGGGGCCCUAAUUUCUUCCAAGAAAGAAGAACUUACCGCAAUUCUGGAUCAUUUUAAUAUCCAGGUAGAUAAUCCUGUCUCUGUACUCACUCAGGAAAUGAGCAAACAGUUCUUACAUUCUAAAAAUGAAGGUGACAAAUACAAGUUCUUUAUGAAAGCAACACAACUGGAGCAGAUGAACGAAGAUUAUUCAUACAUCAUGGAAACUAAGCAAAGAACGAAAGAUCAAGUUAAACAAGGAGAAGAGUUUCUUGAAGAACUUAAAAAGCAAUAUUUGGAGAAGGUCGAACGUUACAGAAGUAUCGCUGCUCUGAGUGAAAUGCAGAAUGAGCUAAAAGAAUUGCAGCAUCAAAUAGCUUGGAGAAUGGUACAAGAUACUGAAAAUAAAAUAAAAGAAUUCAGUGUUAAUGUUACUGCCCAAGAAACAAGUACUGAGAAAUUUGUUGAGCAAGUGAAAGAAUGGCAGACUAAAGUAGAUGCAGCAGAAGUUAAACAUCGAACUGUGCAAGACAAAUUAGAGAAGAUAACAGAAGCAGCUCAAACUCUAGGACCGUCAUGUAUUGUUUUGAAAACAGAAAUACAGGCAAAAAGAAAAGCAUACCAUGAUGCAGAGGCAGCACAUAAUAGGUUUCAAGCUGAACUGAAGCAUUUGCAAAAAGAACAUGAACAACUUUGCAAACACAAAAUUGAAGAACUGAAAAAUAGGUGAUACUUCUUUUUUUCUAAUUACGUUAUAUAUUAGAAAAAGAAUGGUUCUUUAAAAGUGUGAUGGUUUUCCAUUGAAAUGUGUAAUGUAAAGAAAAAGAAUCAAAUCUUUUAAUGAUACUAUUUUGCUAGUGGUGGAAUUACAUCCAUCAGCAGAACAGUUAUUCCUCCCUCCCUCCAUUUUUCACUUUUACCCUUCCAAAUCUGCUCUAUUCAAAAACAGAUUUGGGGAUAGGUGAGGUAGGGAGAAUGACUCAAAAUCUACAUCUA